ACCAUCAAAAUGGCCAGGAGGCAACGUCAAGAAGCAAGAUCCCAGAAAGACUUCAUUUCCCUGGGUAGGGAUGGCCGGAGCUCUGCUGGCAGCACCCCUGACCGCCGCAGCAGGGACAGCGACCGCGACGACGACGAACCGGAUGAUUGCGAGCGAAGGAUUGAGUUUGCCCCGCGUGCGAAGAGCGUUCGAGAGAGGAUUGCGGAGAAACUAGGAAGCAGCGAUGAAAGUAAAUCUGACUCUGAGGAAGAGGAGCAGAAACUUUGGGAGGAGACUCAGAUUUUCAAGGGACUCAAAAGACGUCCAGGUGAACAGAGUCCUUCAGGCAGUGAAGCCAGCAACUGCAGCAGCAGCAGCAGAAGCCGGAGGAGAAACCAACACAGGCAGAAGAAGGCCGGCUUCAACUACCCAGAGAGCCUGCCGCCUGUCGGAGGCCUGAAACGGAGGCUUGAGGGAAAGCUGGAGUCGCUGAAGGAGGUGCACCGAGCGCGGCAGGCGAAGCUGAGGAGGAUGGAGGGGGAUGUGGAGAACGCCAGGAGCUCCAUGGAGAACGCCAGGAGCUCCAUGGAGAACCUGGAGGGCAGCGCCUCGGACAGGCAGCUCCGCUUCUACAGGGCCAUGACCUAGUACGCCAACAACC